UUAGCACCGUCAGAAAAAGCCCGGUCAUUGAAAACCAGAUCGAAACGGGCAAGUCCAGUCCAGUACCCGCUAACCUGUCCGUCGACCCAAAUAAAAACAAUACGAACCCAGCUAUCUUCUUCUCCUUCUUCUUCUGUUGAAAACACUGAGGUGGACACAGAAAAAAGAUCCGAUCAGCCAAAUUAAAACAGUGAGCUCCAUUUUGGAGUGACUCGAAACCUGCAAAUGGAUCCAGAUACGACGCCGCUUGGUAAAAUGUUGAUGGAGGAAAUAACGCCGGUAGUCAUGGUCCUCCGUACACCACUUGUGGAAGAAGCUUGCAUCAAAAACGGCCUGUCGUUUGUUGAAAUGCUCACUCCGUUUUGCAAUUUCAGUAACAUCGACGUUCCUGUACGUACGUCGAGUGAUCAACCUUAUAGGUUACAGAAGUUCAAAUUGAGAUUGUUUUAUGAAUCGGAUAUUCAGCAACCGAAUCUUGAGCUAGCAAAAGAGAGUCUGAAGCAUAUUGUUAUCCAGGCCGGGGAGGAAGAUCAUACUGACUUAAGCUCAGAUUCGCCUCCUAUUACUGAUGUAUUAGAUGGCUCUGAAUCUGAGGUUGUUCCUGCAUGGUUUGAAGGUUUCAAUAAAGAACUUGUUCACACUGUGUCUUUCUCGGACCAUGAAGCUUUUGACCAUCCCGUGGCUUGUCUUUUGGUUGUCUCUUCAAAGGAUGAACAACCUAUCAACAGAUUUAUUGACCUUUUCAAUACUAACAAGUUGCCCCCUCUUCUUAAUGAUGGUGCCAUGGACCCAAAGAUUUUGAAACAUUAUUUAUUGGUGCAUGAUAAUCAAGAUGGAUCCUCAGAGAAAGCUACUAAACUUCUAGCAGAGAUGAAAAAUACAUUUGGUGCAAAUGAUUGUCAUAUGCUUUGCAUUAAUUCUUCUGAAGACGAGCGGAUAGAACAUCAGGAGAACCUCUGGGCCUUUUGUUCUUAUGCUCUUAGGCGACAGAAAUCGAUGGCUUCUCCGAAUCAGCUUCUGGGUGGUUUUCUUAAUAUCGAUGACCUUGAUGAGAUAAAAGACCUGAUGCAGGAAUUAUCAUCUAAACACAUCAUUCCUUACAUGGAGCAGAAAGUUCGUGUGCUCAAUCAGCAGGUAUCUUCUACAAGGAAAGGUUUUAAAAACCAGAUUAAAAACCUAUGGUGGAGAAAAGGGAAAGAAGAUACCCAAGAGUCCCUUGAUGGCCCCAUGUAUACCUUCAAUUCUAUUGAAUCUCAGAUUAGAGCUUUAGGCGACUAUGCUUUCAUGCUACGAGAUUAUGAACUGGCGUUGUCAAAUUAUCGCUUGAUUUCCACAGAUUAUAAGCUUGAUAAGGCUUGGAAGUGCUAUGCUGGUGUCCAGGAAAUGAUGGGCCUUGCAUACUUUUUGUUGGAUCAGUCAAAAAAGGAAGCAGAAUAUUGCAUGGAAAAUGCAUUUAAUACCUAUUUAAAAAUUGGGUCAUCUGGUCAGCAAAAUGCUAUACGUUGUGGCCUUUGGUGGGUGGAAAUGCUGAAGGCAAGAGAUCAACACAGAGAAGCUGCCACUGUUUACUUCCGUAUCUGUAAUGAGGAACUGCUACAUUCUGCUGUUAUGCUUGAGCAAGCAUCUUAUUGCUACUUGUCAUCUCAUCCACCAAUGCUACACAAGUAUGGAUUUCAUCUUGUUCUCUCUGGUGACCGCUAUAAGAAAUGUGAUCAGAUUAAACAUGCAAUACGCACAUAUAGAAGGGCUAUAUCUGUUUACAAGGGAACUACAUGGAGCUACAUCAAAGAUCACGUUUAUUUUCAUAUUGGACAAUGGUAUGGUUUUCUUGGGAUGUACGAUGUGGCUGUCGCACAUUUGCUGGAAGUCCUGAUGUGUAGUCAUCAGUCGAAGACAACACAGGAGUUAUUCCUGCAAGAGUUUCUUCAGAUUGUUCAGAAAACAGGGAAAACUUUUGAGGUAUUACGACUCGAGUUACCAGUUAUCAAUAUCUCAUCGCUCAGGCUCGUUUUUGAAGAUCAUCGAACCUAUGCAUCGCCAGCAGUUGAUAGUGUUAAAGAAAGUUUGUGGCGGUCAUUAGAGGAGGAUAUGAUUCCAUCAUUGUCUACUACCAGGACUAACUGGUUGGAUGUACAAUCAAAAAUUAUGCCAAAAAGAAAUAAGGACACAAAUAUUUGUGUGGCUGGAGAAACAAUAAAGGUGGGAAUUGAAUUUCAGAACCCGCUGAAAAUACCUAUUUCAGUGUCCAGUGUUUCCUUAGUAUGUGAGCUCUUAGGGUCAGAUGAGGCAAACUCUGAUGCAACUAGCAGAGCCGCAGAACUUCAGAAUGAUGAAGAAUCUAAAAAGUUGGGGGAUUCGACCUUCAACAACUCUCUAUUUUCUUUAUCAGAGGCUGACUUCACAGUGGCAGGGAAUGAUAAAACUUUGGUGCAACUGGUUGUUACUCCCAAAGUAGAAGGCAAUCUAAAAAUUGUUGGAAUUAGAUGGAAAUUGUCCGGUUCAGUGCUUGGUUACUACAAUUUACAAUCCAAUCUUGUAAAGAAGAAAAUUGGAAAGGGAAGGAGGAAGGCUACAAACUCCCUUAAAAAUGAUCUGAAUUUUAUAGUGAUCAAGAGUCUACCUAAGUUGGAAGGGAUCGUUCAUUCUCUUCCUGAAAGGGCAUAUGCAGGAGAUCUACGGCAUCUUGUUUUAGAGUUGAGGAACAAAUCAGAGUUUCCUGUAAAGAAUUUAAAAAUGAAGAUCAGUCAUCCUAGAUUUCUUAAUAUUGGGGACCGUGAAGAUUUGAACCGAGAAAUUCCCGAUUGCUUGGAGAAAAAGUCGGAUUCUGAACAAAUUAGUGCACUUAGUGAUCCUAAGAAAGCAUCUCAUGGCACGUUUCUAUUUCCAGAGGAUAUCUCAAUAGACAGAGGAAAACCUUUAUCGUGGCCUCUUUGGCUUCGAGCUGCUUUUCCUGGAAACAUUUCUUUGUUAAUCGUCAUAUACUAUGAGAUGGGGGAUGUAUCAAAUGCCAUGAGAUACCGUACACUACGGAUGCGGUAUAGUUUGCAGGUAUUACCAUCAUUGGAUCUGUCAUUUACAAUCAGCCCUUGUCCAUCAAGAUUGCAAGAAUUCCUUGUGCGUAUGAAUGUUGUUAACAAAACGAGUUCGGAAAGUUAUCAGAUUAAACAAUUAUCAUCAGUUGGAUGCCAAUGGGAAAUUUCACUGCUUCAACCUCUUGAUACCAUCUUUCCAUCACAAUUCUUAAUUGCUGGUCAAGCAUUGUCAUGUUUCUUCUUGCUCAAGAGUCACAGGAAAUCAACAGUUACCGAAGAAAAAAUCUCAUCUCUUUCCCGUCGUCUUGGAAGUGAUGUAAGAUUGGCUUCUGAAGAUAGCGAAGAUACUCUUUUUGAUAUAUCUAGCUCGCCCUUGACUGAUUUCCAUAAUUAUGAAAGAUCGGAGAAUGAAAUAUCUGAUCAGAAGGAUGCAAACUCGGUGGAUUUCAUUUUGAUAUCUAGACCGCUGAAAGGUGAUAACAAGCAUGAUAUCUCCAAUCCUCCCCAUCUCUUUUCUCAUCACGCUUGUCAUUGCAGUACUGCCAGCUCAAGUGUGAUAUCAUGGAUAGUGGAUGGACCUAGGGUUAUACAUCAUAACUUCUCUACUGUAUUUUGUGAAGUAAAUUUAAGAAUGACUAUUUACAACUCGUCGGAUGCUAUUGCAUCUGUAGCCAUCAACACCCUUGAUUCCGCAAGUGGCAAUGGUCAAUCGAGUAGUUCAAAUGCAGUUACUUCCGGUAACCAAACAGGAUGGCAUAGUCUAUCUCUAGAGACCGACACUAAAAAAAUACUGUCCGAUGUUGUUGGAGCCAGUGUCCCAAGAUCACCAUCACCAGAGAGUGUAUCCCCAUUCAUCUGGUCUGGCUCAAGUUCUACUAGAGUCCGACUUGAGCCAAUGUCAUCCACUGAAAUUCCUCUUCAGAUUUGUGUAUUCUCCCCCGGUACAUACGAUUUGUCAAAUUAUGCCUUGAAUUGGAAUCUCCAACCAGCUAAGAAAGACGGAAAUGUAGGCGAAACAACACAAACCUCAGGAUCAAGCCCUGGAUAUCCAUAUUAUCUUACUGUACUUCCAUCUGAUUGAGAUCUGGGGUUACAUAAUUUUUGGCUUCAAUGUACUAAUUUUUUGUAACCUUGCCUGUAAAUUAUAUUAUGAGUGUAUUUGUUUCAAUUUUUUUAUAAAGAAAUAGGAAAUGAGAGAAAGCACAGUAAAUCAGAAAAUAGACUACCACAUUCUUUUGUUCUCCUGAAUAAUACUAUGAAUGAGAAAUACUUUAAUCUUUUAUUUUUUAA